AUGACAGGGCAGCCUCUCGCAGUGUCUGCCCCCGGCAAGGUCCUGUUUACAGGAGGCUUCCUCGUUCUUGUUCGUCAGCAUACAGGAUUAGUCCUUGGCCUCGAUGCGCGUAUACACGUGCACAUCGAGCAGCUGGAUGCGAGUAUUCUCCCUAACCAAGAUGAUGCUCCUUUACUCGUUCUGGUACAAUCGCCUCAGUUCACCAAUGCAAAGUGGCUGUAUACUGUGGAUGAGGCAGAGAUCGAUACGACGGGAUUUGUGCAGCAGAUCACGGACUUGUCACGACUUGCGAAACUGGAUGACAUUGAUCAGCAUGGUUUGCAAGAAGUAGCAGAUAUUAUCGCAACCAUCCGAAGCCUGGUUCGAGAGAUGUCCACCAAGUCAGGAGUACCCAUUGAGCCGCCAGUGAUUACAGAAUUGCUCGAUUUCUGCACCGCUAUUCCAGGUGUUGUCGGAGGCGUAGCACCAGGAGCCGGAGGGUACGAUGCUGUGGCGUUACUUGUGCGCAAUGACCCCGAAGUUGUCGAAGAACUUGAGACUCGACUGAAUGGAUGGAAAGCUCGUGAGAAAAGCACUGGGAUAACGAUUGGCAGGGUCCAACUUUUGAAGGCCCGGCAGGCAUAUGAAGGUGUUAGAUUUGAAGAUGUCAACAAAUAUAUGGACUGGAUCGGAUAG